AUGAGAAGGAAGAUUGCAUCAUUUGAACAAGAAGCGGAUGAGAGUCUUAGUGAAGCUUGGAAAAGAUUCAAAGAGUUGGUACAAGCAUUUCCUCAUCAUGAAUACAAUCAAAGCUUGCUCAUAAGGUUCUUCUACGAUGGUUUAGAACCUAUGUCUAGAGCUAACUUGGAUGCGAGGGCGGGUGGACAAUUGAUUAAAGUCCCUCAAAAUCAAGUUGAAGCAACAAUUAAAGAGGUAGUGAAUAACUACUCAUGGGGUGGUAGAAGGAGGAGUGCACCAAAGAAGGGUGGAAAGUAUGAAUUGGAGAAGGUUGAUCAAUUUCAACAUCAAAUUGAGCUCUUGACAAAAGGGCUUGCAAAGUUAAACAUGAAUGUCAAUAGUGGGGCAAGCUCCUCCCAAGUCAAUUCUUUCUCUUGUCAAAAUUGUGGUGGCACAAACCACAAUACAUCUUAUUCUGGAGGUUUGAGCCCGGAGCAUGUAGCGGCAUACAACACAAGGCAAGAUGGAUAUAGGGGAGGUGGCGGUGGAGUAGCUUGGAGACAACCACCACCCGGAUUUGCAAACCAACCUCACCAAUGGAGCCAACAAGCUCAACAACCAUACAAAUCCAACCCCCAAUACCAAAACCCACCUCCAUUUCAAACCCCAAACCUAAGAGGAAACUACCCAAGAAACAACCAACACAAUAAUCAAAACCAAUACCACAACCAAAAUCAAGCGACUCAAAGGAGUCAAGAGCAAGCAUCUGAACCCGAUCCUACUCAAACCCAAAUUCUUCAACAACUUCAAGCCAUGAAUCAACAAAUGCAAGAGGUUAAGGCUCAUAACAAGACGGUUGAUUCACAACUAGCACAAUUGGCCGAGAGAGUUCCUUUCAACUCACCUUCUACUCUACUCGUACAAUCACAAACUAACCCUUCGAACAUUGUGAAACCCGACUCUUGCAAGGCAAUCACAUUGAGAUUGGGUACGUUUUAUGAGGGUCCCAAGGAGGAGGAUAGUGAAGAAAAAAAGAAAGGAGAAGAGAGUGUGAGUCAAGACAAGGAAGUUGAAGAAGAGAAAGUUGUUGAGAAAGAGAGAAGUAUGGAGAAAAAGAAGUCUAAGGAUGUUGUGACAUCUUCAACUCCUAGUGAGACUAGGAAUCUUGAUGGACCAGUUCCUUUUCCCGGUCGACUUGCGGAGAGGAAGUUGAAUGACAAAUUUGCAAAGUUCCUUAGUGUGAUGAAGAACUUGCACAUAAACCUCCCAUUCAUUGAAGUUGUCACACAAAUGCCUUCAUACUCCAAGUUCUUGAAAGAUAUUCUCACCAACAAGAGGAAGCUUAAUGAUAAGCUUAUCACUCUCCCCCAUCAAGUGAGUGCACUUGUUCAACAUAAGAUGCCCAAGAAGCAAAAGGAUCCGGGAAGCUUUACUUUACCGGUAAAGAUUGGGAACAUGGAAACUAGGGGCGCCUUAGCCGAUUUUGGAGCAAGUCUUAGCUUGAUCCCCUUAUCCAUUGCUCAAAAGCUUAAUGUUGAGAAGAUCCCUACAAGGAAGACAAUCCAAUUGGCCGACCGUUCGGUGAAGUUGCCUUGUGGUGAGCUUGAAGAUGUUCCUAUCCAAGUUGGGCUUAUAUAUGUGCCUUGUGAUUUUUUAGUGAUGGAUAUGGAGGAGGAUGUCGAUACUCCCUUGAUUUUGGGACAAUUAGAUCGCUUGGGAAGGGUUAUGACGAGUCCUCAAGAUCCAAUGGUUGAAGCUCUUACAUUUGAGGAAGAGUACCACUCUCAAGAAGCAAAAGAGUUUUUCAUGGCCAUUGAAGAAGCCAAUAAAGAGGAAGAGGAUGAUCCUAGGGAUGAUGAGCUCGAACUAGCGGAGGAAAAAUUGGAGGAGAGUAAUGGAUUGAAGGCACUAAUACCUGGGAGCUCAACUUCCAUGUCUUUAGGACACCUGUCUUUGCGUCUGCCUAAUGUAUGUCCGCCUUUUGUUGCUGAGCCGUCAGCAGCAGUGAAUGGCUUGCCACUCUUUGAUGCCCGAGGGAUGUCCGAUUUUUUAAGUGCUUCGAGAAAAGCAAGCGAAUUGCCGGCAGUAGAGGGAUGA